UGAUGAUGAUGAUGAUUUUGAACCCCCGAUUCAGGCGAUUAUGACAAAGCAACCUCAUAAAUCAAAGGUUAAUAAAAAGCAUACAAACUAUAGUCUAGAAGAUGAUGAUGAUGACUUUGAAGAACCUAUUAGAAAUUUGAUAGUCAAAAGAGGUGAAAACACAAGAAAAAGGCCAAGUACUACAACUAACCAAGAUGGUGAAGACUUUGAACCAGUAAAAAAGAAACAAUCGAAAAACGAAAAGCAGAUGGAUCCUAUCGAGGGGAAACGGAAGAUUACCGAUGCAGAACCUUUUAGGUCAGAACCAAGACCGUUCUAUCAUUAUCAUCAUGAUGUAAUAAGCCUACGGUGCAGUCCUUCAGGUUUUUUGGAUACAGUUAAGCACUUUACUGAAGCGCAGGUGGCGGAUGUGAAAAGCAUUGGAUUUGGUGAUGUCCUUAAUAUAAAGCUUUAUCAUAUAAGCACACGUUUAGGGUAUUGGCUCGUACGAAACUAUGACGAGCAAUACAGCACACUAAACAUAGGAAAUCACAAGAUAAAAAUCACCCGAGAUUCAGUACAUGACGUGUUUGGUAUUCCAAAGGGUAAUGUUAUUGUACGAGAAAAAAAUAAGCCUAGAAAAGGAGCAAUAGUGGAGAAUAAUACGGCUACUCAAGGCGCAGAAACAACCAUAGAUGAGUUCAAAAACCAGUGGCCAGACAGAAACAAAAUUACUCAUACUUUGCUUGCAAGAACUAUGUCAGAGCAAACCACUGGCGGACGAUUAUUCAAGCUAAAUUUCCUAGCCUACUGGAACACUUUGUUUGUAGAGAUAACAAAGUCAACAACUGUUAAACAAAGUUUUCUACUUGCAAUUGACAAAGAGGAAGACAUUCCAAAUCUGGACUGGUGCUCCUUCGUUUUAGAAUCGCUGAAACGAACAAGACAAGGUUGGAAAAAGUUAGACUCACAAUACAAUGGCCCGGUUGCAUUCCUAACGCUUCUAUACAGCCAUUAUUUCAACCAAAGACACAAAAUUUUCGAUGAACCUGUCAAAAUGCCUGUCAUACAUUAUGUAACCUCUGGUAUGAUCGACGACGUGGAAGAAUAUUUAUACAACAACGGGCCGCUAGGUGUUGAAGAUUGUGAUGAAGUGGAAGAAGACGAAGGAGCAUCGGCAGAUAACUUAGUAUACUCAUAUCUGAAAGAUGCAGUGGAGACCGUUGAAGAGAAGAUGGAGACGUCCGAGAAGGAGGUUGGGAAGAUAAUGUCACCGAAGUAAGUGGUAUGGCUGAUUAAUAACUAUUUUGUUGAUUUUCGGGAUGACCUAAUGUGUUGUUGGUAUUUUGAACAAUGGUGGUUUUAAAGUCUAGUUUUGUGUGUAUUGAACUUAUAUGUGGGGGUAUAUUUUGGUAAAAUCAUCC